AUGGGAAAUUCUGUUUGUUGCGGAUAUGAAGGGGAGGAGAACACGGAUAUAACUGCGCAGCAGUUGGCUCUAGCCGGUCUUAAAGAGUUACCAGCGAAGGUAUACGAUGCUUGGUUAAAGAAGUACAGCACAGGCAGCACCGUAGAGGUAUUAUUUCCAGAUGGGCAGCGUAUAGAAUGUAAGUUAACGCUUGAUUCUGUCAAGAGGAUCUUAACAUUGGUCUUUAAGGAGAAGGUUCGUCUUAUCCCUUUUCAAGACAUUGACUCAUGGAUCUAUGGGCCAUCAGCGCUGGAUCAUGCAUCCGCAGAUGCAAAACUUCUUAAAGACCCUAAAGUUGUGGGCUUUAGACUUUCUACAUCAGGCCGUGCUAUUGCUGUUGCCUUUGAUGCAACGGACAGUGCUAUUUGCUUCGUUCGUUUCUUAGAAAGUGUACUUGAGCAAACAAGGGAGCAAGAGGCAAAUUUAAACAGCACAAAAAAGCCAUGA